CACUCUACGCGCUAUAUGAACGGAACGGCCCUCACCCCGCCGUUACAAAUAAACUCCAUCCAUGCCGGGAGAUAAACCGACCGCACCAGGCCGCGACUCGCAGCUGCUUCUGCCUCCCUCACCCCGCCGCGCCGCCGUUUCUUCGCUAGCAAUUCUUGUGAGAUAUCAUCGUCAACUGUUCCAAUGGGUGGGAGCCAAUACGAUGAUGACUGGGUGUUGCCUAGUGCUGACAUCACUCUUGUUCUUGUUGGAAAACUUGGCUAUGGCAAGAGUGCGACUGGCAACAGUAUUCUUGGACGGGAGGCAUUUGUAUCAGAAUACUCCCAUGCUAGUGUGACUAAUACUUGUCAGAUGGGAAGCUCCAUCCUGAAGGACGGCCGCAUCAUCAAUGUUAUUGAUACGCCAGGGUUAUUUGACAUGACCAUUACCUCUGAGGAUGCUGGUAAAGAGAUUGUCAAGUGCAUGAACAUGGCUAAAGAUGGGAUACAUGCGGUUCUGAUGGUUUUUUCUGCCACUUCUCGGUUUUCUCGAGAAGAUUCCAGUACGAUUGAGACUAUUAAGGUCUUUUUUGGGGAAAAGAUUGUUGACCACAUGAUAUUAGUUUUUACUUAUGGAGAUCUAGUUGGUGAAUCUAAAUUGAAGAACAUGAUAAAUAAUGCCCCGGAGUAUUUGCAGAAAGUUGUUGAGCUAUGCAAAAACAGAGUUGUGCUCUUCGAUAACAUGACCAAGGACCAACGAAUCCAAGCGAAGCAACUUGAAAAAUUGCUUGAUGUAGUGGACUCUGUUAGUGCAAAUAAUGGAGGAAAACCAUUUUCAGAUCAAAUGUUCACUCGCAUUAAGGAGGUGCAUGAUAGAGAAAAGGAGGUGCAUGGUAUGGGAUACUCAGAAGAGCAGAUAUCUGAGUUGAAGAAGGAGAUUCACAGAACUCGGGAUGAGCAACUUGCUCACAUUACCAGCAUGGUGGAGGAAAAGCUGAACUGCACUGUGGAGAAGCUGCAAAAGCAACUUAUGGAAGAACAAAAUGCAAGGCUAGAAGCGGAGAAGGUGGCGCAUGAAGCCAUGAGGAAAUCGGAAGAAGAGAUCCGCAAGCUCAAGGAGAGCCUUAAGAAGGCUCAAAUGGAGAACGAGGAGUUCCGGAGGAUGGCUCAGAGCAACAAGUGUGCUAUUCUAUAAUUCGUCAAAAAGAAAAAAAAAAGUGUGCUAUAUAGCAUCUUUGAUAGAGGGCAUUGGUAGUAAUAUUAAGUGAAAUCUUUAAUUCACAGAUAAACUUUUGCCACCUUGACGUCUCGUAUCUGUACAUUAUUUAGUAAUACUAAUAUGUGGUGAAAUUACAGUA